AUGGAAAGUAAGAACCAAACCAACCGUGUCUCUGAGUUCAUCCUCCUAGGACUCUCCUCCCGGCCUGAGGACCAAAUACCACUCUUUGUCCUUUUCCUCACCAUGUACCUGAUCACCAUUACAGGGAACCUGCUCAUCAUUCUGGCAAUCCACACCAACCCUCAACUCCAGACCCCCAUGUACUUCUUCUUGAGUUGCCUGUCUUUCACUGACAUUUGCUUCACAACAACCAUCAUCCCCAAGAUGCUGGAGAACUUCCUAUCAGAAAAGAAGACCAUCUCCUAUGCCGGGUGUCUAACACAGAUGUAUUUUUUCUAUGCUUUGGGCACCACUGACAGCUUCCUUCUGGCAAUUAUGGCCUAUGACCGCUAUGUGGCCAUCUGUGACCCCUUCCACUAUGUCACUACCAUGAGUUACAACCGAUGUGUCCUCCUGGUGGCAUUCUCUUGCUCACUUCCUUAUUUCCAUUCACUCUUGCAUAUACUUAUGCUGAAUACUCUUAUCUUUUGUGACUCUAAUGUCAUCUACCACUUUCUCUGUGAUAUCAACCCUCUGCUUAAGUUGUCCUGCUCCUCCACAUAUGUCAAUGAAAUUAUAAUAAUGUCAGAAGGAUCUAUCGUCUUAGUGACUCCAUUUCUCUGCAUUGCUUUCUCUUAUAUUCGAAUUCUAAUCACAGUUCUCAAUAUUCCCUCAGCUUCUGGGAAAUUCAAAGCCUUCUCUACCUGUGGUUCCCACCUGACAGUGGUCACCCUGUUUUAUGGUAGCAUCUUCUAUGAAUACUUACAUCCUUUGUCUAGCUACACUGCUAGAGACAGGGUGGCAACUAUUGUCUAUACAGUUCUGUCCUCCAUGCUAAACCCUUUUAUCUAUAGUCUGAGAAACAAAGACAUGAAGAAGGGCCUGGGGAAGCUAAUGGGCAGGAAGAAACCCUAG